AUGGACAUAUCCAUUCUGAUGGUAUAUAUUCAAGAAGUUGAAGAAGAGAACGUUAAGGAUAUACAAGAGUACCAAAACAAGAAGGUCAAGACUAGAAUGAGUCUGGUCAACAGAAAGGUGGUUCAAGCUGACCACAAUUCCAUAAACCAAAUGGCAUUGUCAUCAUCUGCUAGUGCACCAGCACAAAGAAAUCGAAGUUGUUUCAAGUGUGGUCAAGAGGGUCACUUCAUUGGAGAGGGCCCCAAGGACAAGCAAGGAGGUGGAAAUCUGGACAAUAGAUCUCAAAAAUCAUCAGCUGCUCCACUAAACAGGCCUGCACCUAGGGUAUCUACUUCUGGAACAGGCGGAGGAACAAACUUCUUGUAUUCUCUUAAUAAUUGCCAUGAACAAGAGAAUUUUCCAAAUGUUUUCACUGGUAUGAUUUGA